AUGAAUAAAAUACGCCUGCAGGUAAUUCUACUCUUUUGCGCCAAUCUAUUAGUGAAUUGCAACGAUACUGCUAAAGAUGAAAAUAGGCCUAAGGAGGAGGUUAACUUCUCUUUUGAUUUGCACAAUUUAAAACUUUCUGAAAACUACAAUUUGUCUCAUCGUAAGAAAGAAUAUCUAAGCAUAGGUGCAAUGGUUCCAGUUCAAAACAAACGUAUGACAAAAUUGCUUUGUAAUGGUGAAAUUAUAUUAAAAUUCAAUCCGGAUGAAAAGGUUAAUUUAGUAACAUUUAUUCCAAGACUUAUGCCCACAAUGUGUUCUGUAACAUACGUCAAGGGAAGUACAGUUUGUGUUAAAAGGUUUUGUAAGUCUGAUAAUUGGGUUCAGGUAACAAAUGAGGACUACAAACUUCAGGCACUAGAAAUGGCGAAGAAAAAGCCUGAAAUGAUAUUCGAUUUAUCCAACAUAGAAUUUGACAAGAUUCAUCUAGACGAAGAAACAAAGGGCGAUUUAACCUUUUAUUCCUUCUCCCCUAAAAAGAAUGUUACUAUUAAAACUAUAGCUGAUGGUGUUAAUGUAAUAUGGCAUUCUAAUGACGAAACACAUGUUAUAGAUGGAUUUUUUUCAAUUCAAACUCAGCCAAAGCUUUUGAGUUUUAUGAUUAAGAAUAAAGGUUUUGUUGAUUUAAAGUUCUUUUCAGCACACGAGGACAUUUAUAGUGAGAUAUCCAUUGCUGAGUAUACAUUUACCCUUAAGAACUUCGCAUACUCUACAAGGGAAGAUUUAACACUUAAUCUCGAUUCACAGGAAUAUAGUACAUUCAAGAUUUCGAGUUCCAUUGUAGACGGCGUAUCAUUUAUUGACUCAUUUCUCAAGGAUCCAUCCAAGAAAGUUGAAAGAGUUGUUGCCAAAGAACAUACACUAUGGUACAGAGACGAGAAUGAAACUUUUAUAAAAGCUUCUUACACAAUUUCUCCUGAUCCCAGACUUUACAAAUUGGUCUUAUGUGCUACUAGGGGAUCGGCGAAAAUAUAUCAUAAUCUAUACUUCAUUUAUAAAUCGGGCAUUAUGUUCAAAUUGCCAGAGAAAGACUACAAAAAGGAGCUAAAGAAGGUGGUUUAUCCGAGGGAAUCCUUUGAAGAGUUUGAUAUAAAAACUUUGGCUGAGAAGAAGGCGACACAACCUUACACUUCGAUUGCUUACUUCCCUCCUGAGGAUAAAGGUUUGAAAAUAGUAAAAUAUGAAAACCAGCAGAUAUGGGUCUCUACUGGUAAAGAUAUUGUGAAGAGUGUUUUUUACUUCCGGAACGAGGAAAAACACAUGGUUCAACUGAGUUGCAGAGACGGCGAAAAUGUAACAAGAACUCAUCACUUUCAGGAUUCAAAUUCUUAUUUUAAUAUUAAAAGUGAUGAUAAAUCUUGGUUAUGGAUUUCCACUCCUGAGUUUUACAAGUCGAUAGGUCUCAGACAAGUCAUAAAAACACAUACAUACUUGGACAUCGGGUUAAGGGCUGACACUGGCGCGUAUGAACAUAAAUUUGGCAGGGUAGGGAACGUUAUGGUCCAAACUUUUGUACCAUACAGUUCAUUUGAAGUCUCUUCAGUGCUAGACUGCAAUAGGGAAAUGUGGAAGAAUGAGUUAAGGGAAAGACUAGCUGCUCUUGCACUUUACGGAGAUCACAAGGAAUUUGAAAGAAAAAGCAAAGAGGAGACUAAAAAUCAAGGUGAGGAUUCAACUGAUGUCAAUCCAUUUCGUAAUUCAUUAUCCAAAAGUUUCAGGUUGGCAGAGAUUUUCAUAAAAGGGCCUAAGAAAGUCGAAAGACAGUUUUUGGAAUUAAAGAAUAAUGAUUGGGUCAAAAUAAAGGAAGAAGAGUUUGUAAAGAUAUACAAAACAUUGGAAACUCCAGAUGGUUAA